UCUAUGGUAAUUUUUUUCCGUUAAUCAUAACCCCAAAAUUGUUCUAAUUGGCAGAGGUAUCGUAGACGGUUAUUUUGGUACGUGAUAUUUUGAGGCCACAAAUAGAUUUACAUAAAGAAAGCUGGAGCCCGAAUUAUAGUAUUUAAACUGUCAAUGUUAAAUAGUCGUAUUCAAGAGUUUUAGGAUGAUCUAUUUCAAAAAAUGGCAGUCCUAACAAUCGACGUUUAUUUCAAUUAUGGAAGACGAAUUAGACGACCGAAUUAUUUACCAGACGUAUGUUUCUCAUUUAAAAAUUAUGUCCCGCAUAGUGUGGAGUAUCCCAAUAAAACUAUCCCAUCUUAAUGGUACUUCUCAAGUAUGGAGACUAAUAAAAUGCUACCUCGCAAAACCGGAAAUAAUCCUCUUUGGAUUUUUGAUCUUUUUCUUAUUUACUUACAUUCAAGCCUUGGAUCUGUGGAGUCGAAACUUGUUGUCGAGAUUUCAACAUGGAAUCUACAAUCAAGCGCCGAAAAUCCGUAAUUCAAAUAUGUUGCUAUCUGGGACGGAAAAACAGGCCUGGGAGAAAAAGAUAGGCAUGAUUGCGGCCUACGCGAUACAAGGUCGUAGGCCAAAGAUGGAAGAUCGUUUUGUUAUUGAAGAUAAUAUUAAUGAGUCGGGAGUCUCACUUGUAGCGGUUUUUGACGGUCACGGCGGCGAAUUUGCCGCAAAUUACGCCAAAGAAAAACUUAUCCAAAGUAUUUACCACAAGAUUAUUAAAAUUAAAGAUCUGAUAGCGGGUAAGGGCGACACACCAGGUGUGUUCUGCAAUGUUGAUGAAAAGAAAGACUCGAAAGAGUCGACCACCCAGGUGGUGGAACGGAAAAAUAGUUUUCGACGCUCUAGUUUUUCCACAGAGGAAAAAAUUAAGGAAAUAACAGACACCCAAAUUUUAAGUAAAUUAAAUACCAUCAAACCCAUCAGUAGAGAAACGAAACCCUCAAAAUCACGUAACAGCAUAGCGGAAGUUCCAAUUAACAAUUACUUUGACAAAUUCGGAACAGUCGACUAUGGAAAAUUGAUUACAGAUGAAGUGUUGGCAGCUGAUGCGCGCCUAAUCGAAGUCGCGAGGAAAACUAUGGAUGUCGCAGGGACCACUGCAUUGAUUGCGAUAUUGGAAGGGGAUAAACUUACUGUGGCAAAUGUGGGUGAUUCGAGGGGUGUAAUGUGUGACAGCAAAGGCAACGCAAUUCCUUUAUCAUUCGAUCACAAGCCCCAGCAAGUGAGGGAACGAAAACGUAUUAAAGAGGCUGGCGGUUUUGUUACAUUUAAUGGCGUCUGGAGGGUAGCAGGCAUUUUGGCUACUUCUAGAGCUCUCGGUGAUUACCCGUUGAAGGAUAGGAAACUGGUUAUAGCCGAACCUGACAUCCUAACAUUCAAUUUAACCGACCACAAACCCCAGUUUUUAAUUUUAGCUUCUGAUGGUUUGUGGGAUACUUUUUCAAACGAAGAGGCAGUUCAUUUUGUAAGAGAACACCUUAACGAGCCAGAUUAUGGUGUCAAAAGUUUAACUUUGCAAUCGUUUUACAGGGGUAGCUUAGACAAUAUAACUGUUAUUGUUAUUAAUUUUAAGGAUAAGUUGAUUGCAUCAUUUUCCAGUGGUAACUAAAUAACGACAUAAUGGGACCCCUUUUGUGACUAACUGUAUUUAUAAGCCUAUGUAUUUGUUUUUGUUGAGAAAAACAAUGGUCUCCAAUAAUAAAGUGAUUUCAACACCU